AUGGCACUGCCAACUGUCCGCGAGCUUGUUAAUGACGUCAAAUCGUUGACCAGACUAAACAAUGGUGAUUUUCAAUCAGCAUGGGAGGACUCAUUCGAUGAUGGGUACCAUUGCCAUGAGGAAGGUGGAUUCAUUUAUAUCGACUUCCCUAUCAAACGACCUAUCACCCGAGCGUAUGUGCAGCGGGCACCAAAAGGGGGGACCAUGAACCAACGAACAAAAGGAGACAAUGCAAGUAUUGACCUAAACAAUCCUGGAAUUAGCAGAGACAACGUUAUUCUGGUUGCCAAUUUUCACACCCAUCCACUCUCGACAAACGUCCAGGGCGACCCACAGCCCUCAAAAGCCGACAAGGACAAUGCAUAUCAUCGUGGACUUCCGGGGAUUGUUAUUAGUCGAGACGGGAUCUACGCGUACGGGCCCGAGGAACGCAAUGGGACUUCUAAUCCGAGGGGCUACGCUCCAUCUGUACCAAUUGAGGGUGCCCCUAAAGCAACGCUUGUGAAGGCACAUCCACCUCCGGAGCCAGUGCCUAAUCAAUGGCCGGAGCGAGCCAAAUUUGAAGAUGAUAUCGAGAUGGAAGAAGAUGGACAGGAGGAAGAGGAGGAAUGUAGCAACAAUUGA